AUGGAUUCCCCUCAUAAGCGCAAGUGUCUCUCCAGCAAUCUGUUCUUUCUCUUCCUUCUUUUGUCCUCAAAUCUUCUGACCCUGUUCUUCUCCACCACCUAUUACUCGUCUUGCUCUUUAAAUCCCACGACAAACACUGCUACCAACACUGCCACCACUGUCAUCACCACAGGCUCCAUCAUUUCCGAUCCAGCUGCUAAAAACAGUGACGUUCAAGUAUCUGAUAACUCUCAGACACCAUCAGACCUCCCACCUGAGUUCAUCGCCUUCACAUCUCCACAAAAACUCCCAUUUGGAGUCAACCGAAAUUUUGAUUCUGACAAGCUCCUCCCUCCAGUUGGUCGUCCAUGCACUCUCUUUCCUGAUGAACUUCGCCACUACAUGUCAUACAAGGUCAAUGGAUCCUGCCCUGAUGAUGAGCUCUUAGCCCAAAAGCUCCUUCUUAAGGGUUGUGAGCCACUCCCUCGCCGUCGUUGCCGUCCGGCUGCUGCACAAGAAUAUGUUGAACCCUACCCUCUCCCUGAUAGCUUUUGGUCCACACCAUCUGAUUCAUCAGUGGUUUGGACAGCAUAUACCUGCAAGAACUACUUGUGUCUCAUCAACCGCGUGCACAACCAAAAAGGCUUUGAUGAUUGUAAAGACUGUUUUGAUCUCCAAGGUAUAGAGAAGACUCGGUGGGCUGGAUCGAAGAGUGGUGGUGGACUUGACUUCACCAUUGAUGAAGUACUGGCGGUAAAGAAGCCUGGCACAAUCCGAAUAGGGCUCGACAUUGGAGGUGGUGUGGCCACAUUUGCUAUACGGAUGAGGGAAAGGAACAUUACUGUUGUAACAACCUCCAUGAACUUGAAUGGUCCUUUCAACAACUUUAUAGCAUCAAGAGGCGUUGUUCCUCUGUACAUAAGCAUUUCUCGGAGACUUCCCUUCUUCGAUAACACACUUGAUAUCGUGCACUCGAUGCAUGUAUUGAGUAACUGGAUACCAACCACCCUGCUGCAUUUCUUGUUCUUUGACAUCUACAGGGUGCUGAGGCCUGGAGGACUGUUUUGGCUUGACCAUUUCUUUUGUGUGGAUGAGCAGUUGGAGGAAGUUUAUGCCCCGCUUAUCAACAGCAUUGGCUUCAACAAGGUGAAGUGGAUAAUAGGACGAAAGUUAGAUCGAGGGCCGGAGCUCCGGGAGAUGUACCUUUCGGCAUUGCUGGAGAAGCCAUUACAGAAUUCUUGGUGAUUGUAAAAGCUUUUUAAUUCUAUUACAGGGAAGGGUUUUGUUUUCUUUUUGUUUUUCCUCGUUUUCAUAUUUCCGGAAAAACAAACUCCAAACAGCUAAGACACUCGCUAUUUAUUUCAUAGUAUGAUUUGAUGAAUCCAAUAACAUGUGCAAUAACCUUCUACAAUCUUCUGUUCUUAGUAGAAAAGCAGAGCCAGUUUGGAACAUCUACAUUUAGUGUCCGCAAAUCCUAGUUAGCAAAAUUAAAACAAAUCCAAAAAAUCAGAAAACUCACAAAUCCUUUUUCCCACCCACAAACAGUGUGAGAGAAAAAGGUAAUAAUAAAAACCCUGGAGCCAUUAUAGAAAUAAGCAUGAAAAUGGGAAUCUUGUUGAAAUAAAAAACGACCGUGUCUAUCCCCUGGAGACUGGAAACGAAAAACAUUUGUUUAUGUGAUGCACUCUCACACGGACAAAGAUCUAAAUUUCCAUUAGAUUCAUUCCUAAAUUAGCUUUGUUGCAGCAAGAUGAUCAGUCCGAGACUACUGGAGAGAGAGAAAGCAGUAAAAGCCUGUCUGAUUAAGUCACCAAGCAGUUGAUUGUUAUUUCAUUGCAUAAACCACCCCCCCUCCCUCUCCCCCUCUUCCUUUUGGAGGUGGAAGAAAGGGCAAUAUAAUUAUACAUAGUAGGGCCCCAAAACGCUAAAAGGUAGAGGAAAAAGAGUUGUGAUGAUGAACCAACUAUUCUUCUUAAACAAACUAUAUUCUUCACACUUGAUCUUUUAUUCUGCUACAGUGGAUUAAGCCUUUAUGUAAUAGUUGUUCUGAGAUCCAGCUUCAGAAGUAUGGAGACACUAAUUCAGUUUUCUCAAAAAACAAUUAUAGACGGGAAAUAAUGCUGGCUAGAUUCAAAUAUUAAAGAAUAUUUCAGAAAAAGUAUAUGUACGUGUUAAGUUUAGAGGAUUAACACAAUAUUAGAGAGAAACAGAGAUAGGUUAAAAAAACAUAACCUAGCUCUCAUACAUCACUUGUAUUUA